AUGGUCAAAUAUAAUGCUAUUUUAUUCAUAUUUGUAUCUGUUGUUUUGUUAUCAAUAAUUAUCUUGGUGUGCGAUGCCAUAGAAAGUGAUGAUGAAAGCAGUAAAACUUACAUAGUAUACAUGGGCUCACUUUCUAAAGGAACAUCAUAUUAUCCAACCUCUCAUCAUCAAAGCAUGUUGCAACAAAUCAUUGAUGGUAGCAAUGCAGAAAAUCGCUUAGUUCGAAGUUACAACAGGAGCUUCAAUGGUUUUGCUGCCAUACUUAAUGACCAACAAAGGGAAAAGCUUAUUGGCAUGAGAGGUGUGGUCUCAGUUUUUCAAUGUCAAAAUUAUCAUCUAAAAACUACAAGGUCAUGGGACUUCCUUGGAUUUCCUCAAUCAAUCAAAAGAGAUAAAUUACUUGAGAGUGGUUUGGUGGUUGGAGUUAUAGAUAGCGGAAUAUGGCCAGAAUCUAAAAGUUUUACGGACAAAGGCCUUGGUCCCAUUCCAAAAAAGUGGAGGGGAGUUUGUGCCGGCGGUGGUAACUUCACUUGCAACAAGAAGAUUAUUGGAGCACGGUCGUACGGCAGUGAUCAAAGUGCAAGAGACUAUGGUGGUCAUGGAACCCACACGGCAUCAACGGCAAGUGGAAGAGAGGUGGAGGGAGUGAGCUUUUAUGAUCUUGCAAAAGGCACCGCAAGAGGUGGAGUUCCGUCUUCAAAGAUUGUUGUAUACAAAGUAUGCGACAAAGAUGGUAACUGCAGCGGAAAGGAUAUUUUAGCUGCAUUUGAUGAUGCCAUUGCUGAUGGAGUUGACAUUAUCACAAUCUCAAUUGGAAGCCAAAUUGCUGUAGAAUUUCUAAAAGAUCCUAUUGCCAUUGGUUCUUUUCAUGCCAUGGAAAAGGGAAUACUCACGGUGCAGGCUGCAGGAAACAGCGGUCCUAAACCAAGUAGUGUUUCUAGUGUAGCACCUUGGUUAUUUAGUAUUGCUGCAACUACCGUAGAUCGUCAAUUCAUUGAUAAGCUCAUUCUUGGAAAUGGAAAGACUUUUAUUGGUAAGUCAAUUAAUAUUGUCCCCUCAAAUGGCACAAAAUUCCCAAUAGUUGUCUGUAAUGCUCAAGCUUGCCCAAGAGGAUAUGGAUCACCUGAAAUGUGCGAGUGUAUAGACAAAAAUAUGGUGAACGGUAAGCUUGUUUUGUGUGGAACACCAGGGGGUGAAGUAUUGGCUUAUGCGAAUGGUGCAAUUGGUUCAAUCCUUAAUGUUACACAUUCUAAAAAUGAUGCUCCUCAGGUCUCUCUAAAGCCUACACUUAACUUGGAUACAAAGGACUAUGUUCUAGUUCAAUCUUACACAAAUUCCACAAAAUACCCUGUAGCUGAAAUUUUGAAGAGUGAAAUCUUCCAUGACAACAAUGCUCCUACAGUUGCUUCUUUCUCUUCUCGUGGCCCAAAUCCGUUGGUUCUAGAAAUUAUGAAACCAGAUAUAAGUGCCCCAGGAGUGGAUAUCUUGGCCGCAUAUUCACCUCUAGCACCACCCUCAGACGAUAUAAAUGACAAAAGACAGGUCAAAUACAGCAUAGAAUCUGGAACCUCUAUGGCCUGUCCUCACGUUGCUGGAGUUGUUGCAUAUGUGAAAUCAUUUCAUCCAGAUUGGUCGCCAGCAUCUAUCAAAUCUGCCAUCAUGACCACGGCAAAACCGGUUAAUGGUACUUAUAAUGAUUUGGCAGGUGAGUUUGCUUAUGGAUCUGGGAAUGUCAAUCCAAAACAAGCUGUUGACCCUGGACUUGUUUAUGACAUCACUAAGGAAGAUUAUGUUCGGAUGCUUUGUAAUUAUGGUUAUGAUGCUAACAAAAUUAAACAGAUUAGUGGAGAAAACUCAAGUUGCCAUGGAGCUUCCAAUAGAUCCUUUGUGAAAGAUAUAAACUAUCCAGCACUGGUGAUUCCUGUUGAGUCUCAUAAAAAUUUCAAUGUCAAGAUUCAUAGAACAGUUACAAAUGUUGGCUCUCCCAACUCAAGCUACACAGCUACUGUCAUCCCAAUUCAAAAUAUAAAGAUUAGUGUGGAGCCAAAAAUUCUCUCAUUCAGAUCAUUGAAUGAGAAACAAUCAUUUGUUGUCACUGUUGUUGGGGGAGCAGAAUCAAAACAAAUGGUGUCUUCCUCCUCACUUGUUUGGUCAGAUGGCACCCACAGAGUGAAGAGUCCAAUCAUCGUGCAAAGACUAUCCUAAACAUGUUAUUGCUAUAUUAUAGAAA